UACUUUACAAUGGCGGGUUCUAUGUCAGUCAAUACAAAAUGCGGUUUAAUUUGAAAGAGAAAAGUUUUUCUGAAAACAUUUCUUGUAUUGUAUAAAAAAAAUAAUUUUUUACUAUUUUUUUUAAAUGUUUAAUUAGUUUGUGUGUUGUUAAAAAUGAUAAUAACAAUAGUUUAGAAACCUAUCAAUGUAUUACUUUGGAAUUGAAAACAGUUAUGAGAUACAUCACGCAUUAUGUGACUUUUAUAUCAGCCUUUAAGAAUAUAAAGAUAAGUACGAUUAAAUUAACAAAUAAUACAAUUUCUAUUGUCAGAAAUAAAAGUACUAAUCAUAUUAUGAAAGUUCUUAAUGUCGCUGAAAAAAAUGAUGCUGCGAAAAACAUUGCUGGUUAUUUAUCACGCGGCAAUUGUAGAAAAAGGGAAGGUCUAUCAGUUUAUAACAAAAUUUAUGAAUUCAAUGUACGCUUGUGGAAUGAAGAUUGUCAAAUGAUCAUGACAUCUGUUUCUGGACACUUGUUGGGCUAUGAAUUUGUAGGUGCUUAUAAAAAAUGGCAAGGAUGUCAUCCUUUAAGUUUAUUUGAUGCCCCUGUUGUAAAAGAUUGUAUAGAUGAAAAAUAUUUAAAAAUAAAAAAAACUAUAGAAAAAGAAAUAAAGAACUGCAAAGCUUUGAUCAUUUGGACUGACUGUGAUCGAGAAGGAGAAAACAUAGGAUUUGAAAUCAUAGAAGUAUGCCAGACAGUUAAACCAGAUAUACGUAUAUAUAGGGCAAAAUUCUCAGAAAUCACACAAAUAUCCAUAAAUAGAGCUCUUCAAACUUUGGAUACACCAAAUAAAGCUAUCAGUAAUGCUGUAGAUAUAAGAAGUGAAUUAGAUUUAAGAAUAGGUGCUGCGUUUACAAGAUUUCAAACAUUAAGGCUACAAAAAGUAUUUCCUAGAACACUUGCAGAUAUGCUUAUAAGUUAUGGUAGUUGCCAGUUUCCAACAUUAGGAUUUGUGGUGGAAAGAUUUCUGGCUAUAGAAAGAUUUCAAUCGGAACCAUAUUGGAAAAUAAAAGUACUGAAUAUUCAUAAUGACAUUUCUGUUGAAUUUCGUUGGGAUAGAAUAAGACUUUUUGAAGAAUUACCAUGUCAAAUAUUUCUUGAUAUGUGUCAAGAAAAUCCUAUUGCUACUGUAAUUAAAGUUACUAGUAAACCCAAAAGCAAAUGGAGACCAUUACCAUUAGAUACAAUUGAAUUAGAAAAGCAGGGUUCUCGGAAAUUGCGUUUAAAUGCAAAAGAAAUUAUGAAGAUAGCAGAAAAAUUAUACACACAAGGCUUAAUUAGCUAUCCACGCACAGAAACAAACAUUUUUCCUAAAGAAUUGAAUUUACAAUCUUUAGUUACUCAACAUACUGAUAGUCCAGUAUGGGGUCAGUUUGCACAACGCUUAUUGCAAGAUGGAAUAUCUCCUAGACAAGGCAAAAAGUGCGAUCAAGCACAUCCUCCUAUUCAUCCAACGAAGUAUAGUUCUACUUUACAAGGAAAUGAAGCAAAGGUCUAUGAAUUUAUUGUAAGACACUUUCUGGCUUGUAUAUCCAAAAAUGCAGAAGGUCUAGAGACUAUAGUAGAAAUUAAUAUAGCUGGAGAAAAAUUUGUUGCAAAUGGUCUUCAGAUCAUAGCAAAAAAUUAUUUAGAUGUGUACAUAUACGAAAAAUGGAAUGAUAAAGAAAUACAUAGGUAUCAAGAGGGACAAACAUUUCAACCAACUAGCAUUGAAAUGAUAAAAGAAGAAACUUCACCUCCUAAAUUAUUAACUGAAGCAGAUUUAAUUGCUUUAAUGGAUAAACAUGGGAUUGGAACUGAUGCAACUCAUGCAGAGCACAUAGAUACGAUAAAGUCAAGACAAUAUGUAGGCUUGCAAGAUGAUCAACAUUUUAUGCCUUCAAAAUUAGGAAUUGGACUUGUAAUGGGUUAUGAUAAUAUGGGAUUUGCAAUGUCUAAGCCAAAUUUAAGAGCAGAUUUAGAAAAAGACCUUAAAUUAAUUUGUGAUGGUCAAAAAGAUCCAAAACUUGUCCUACAAGAGCAGAUAGCAAAAUAUCGUGAUGUAUUCAAAUUAGCAAUACAACAUGCUAAUUUAAUUGAUAAUGCUAUAGCAGAAUAUAUUGAAGAACAACCAACACAAGUACAAGAAACUGAUAUAAUUAAUACUUCUACAAACAUAGUUGUUUUCAAAUGUCCUAAAUGUAAUUCUGAUAUGAUAUUAAAAGAUAGGAAACAAGGUACAGGAAAGUAUAUAAGUUGCAUGGGAUUUCCAUCAUGCAAUAAUGCUAUAUGGUUUCCUCAAUCGAUCGAAAAUGUUACGGUAUUGGAGGAUACAUGUACUCAGUGUUCUGGAAACAUGCAUAAACUGGAAUUUAAAUUAGCACGGAACAUGUUUCAUCUUUUUGGAAGUACAUAUAUAACUUGUAUAGGUGGUUGUGAUCCUAAUUUUAAUGAAACAAUAAAUAUCAAAGAUGAUACUAUUAAAAAAAUAUCACGUAUCACUGAUAGCGGCUAUGAAACCACAAACAAUAGAUCUGUAUCGAGCAGGACUGAAAUACAUAAUAAUAUGGAAGAAUCUAUAUCAAAUUCGAGAAUGAUAACUCAAAGCAGUGAAAACCGUUCAAGAAAUCCUAAUAAUAAAAAAAAAGGCAAUAUUACUAAAAUGAAAAAUAAUACUAAUAACUUCAAUCAGACAAUAGAAUUUCAAUCAGACAAUCGUACAAACCCUAAUGAUAUCGUAUCCUGGGGGAACAUAGAUAAUGAUGCUGAAAUAAUGUGUCAAUGUCACCAGCAAGCAAUUCUGUUAACAGUAAGAAAAGAUGGUCCAAACCAAGGAAGACAAUUUUAUAAAUGUGCACAACCUCAGGGUAGUGGCUGUAAUUUCUUUUUGUGGGCUUCUGAUAGACCACAAGAAAAUACAACAAAUCAUAAUGAUCAUAAUAAUCAAAUUUCAAAUCGCUCUUGGAUGACACAAAGCCAAACACAACAGCCUAGUACUAGUAGUAAUUCUACUGAUUGGAGAAAUACUAGUAUUUCAGAAGCAAAUAACGUUAUUAUGUGUAUUUGUAAUGAACCAGCUAGACAAUUUACAGUUCAAAAAGAAGGACCAAAUAAAGGUAGACUCUUUUAUACUUGUCCUAAAGGUAGGGACAGUACAUGUAACUUUUUUAAAUGGGCUGAUGUAGAUGCAAGUGUUAAUACGAAUGAAAGAACAGAUUCGCGAAAUUCUGGAAACAGAAAUAGUAAUUUUAAACCCAAAGGAAAUAGCUCUUCAAAUAAACUUCAAGGAACUCGUGUCAAAAGAAAAUGUGGCAUUUGUGGAACUGAAGGUCAUACACGCAAAACAUGUCCAGAAAAUGUCAUGGAUUAAUCAUAACAUUACAAUAUUGUAAAUUAUGUACAUUCAGAUAACUAUAAUCCAAGGUUAUUAAAAGUAAAGGAUAUUAUAGUGAUA